GCCGCGGCGCUCGCGUCGCGCUGUCACCUGCCUCGACGCCCGGACCGUUUAUUCCAGCCAGUGCUCUACACAUAACCCCUGCACGCGCCCCCGUGUCGCCCAUCGGCUGAUCUUCCCACCAGAAAAGAAACCUUCCAUCCCAUUGCAGGCGGGCACUACAGCGGAGCGGAGUCUUCACAGCGUUGCUGAGAGACUACACAGCGCAGCGAGGAGUCUACACAGCGCAGCGGGGAGUCUACACAGCGCAGCGGGGAGUCUACACAGCGCAGCGGGGAGUCUACACUGCGCAGCAGGGAGUCUACACUUCGGAGCGGAGAAUCUACACUGCGCAGCGGGGAAUCUAGACAACGCAGCGGAGAGUCUACACAGCGCAGCGGGGCUGCGCAGAGAGGAGCUUUCUAUGACCACGGAAACAUAUAGCCAAUUCUUGGAUUUUUAUUUCCAGAUGCGAGUUCGCCGCUAGAAGCAUGCCGGCCGAGGAAGACCCCGGGGCGAUGGACGGCCGCGAAGCCGCCGACGGCUCGCCGCAGCAGUUCUGCCUGCGAUGGAACAACUACCAGGCCAACCUGGCCACCUGCUUCGACCAGCUGCUGCAGACCGAGUCGUUCGUGGACGUGACGCUGGCGUGCGAGGGCCGCAGCCUGAAGGCGCACAAGGUGGUGCUGUCCGCCUGCAGCCCGUACUUCCAGACGCUGUUCACGGAGAACCCGUGCCGGCACCCGAUCGUCAUCAUGCGCGACAUCAAGUACUGCGACCUGAAGGCGGUGGUGGACUUCAUGUACCGCGGCGAGAUCAACGUGUCGCAGGACCAGAUCGCGGCGCUGCUGCAGGUGGCGGAAACGCUGAAGGUGCGCGGGCUGACGGACGUGAGCGGCGAGCACGCCGUGCUGCGCGCCGCCAAGCGCAGCGGCACCGCGUCGCCGGACGCGCCGGGCGCGGGGCUGGCGGGCCCGGCCGGCAAGGCGCGCCGCCGCUCGGGCUCCGCGCCGCGCUCGCCGCCCGCCGACCUGCUGCACGCGCCGCCCGACGCGCCGCCGCCCAUGCACGACGACGUCGACAUCCGCCCCGGCAUCGCCGAGAUGAUCCGCGAGGAGGAACGGGCCAAAUUAAUUGAAAACUCUCACGCUUGGCUCGGCGCCUCCACAUCUUCGAUUGCAGCAGAUAGCUACCAAUAUCAGCUGCAGUCCAUGUGGCAGAAGUGCUGGAACACCAACCAGAGCAUCGUGCACAAUCUGAGGUUCCGCGAGCGCGGGCCGCUGAAGUCCUGGCGCCCGGAGACCAUGGCUGAGGCCAUAUUCUCUGUUCUGAAGGAAGGGCUCUCACUGUCGCAGGCUGCGAGGAAAUACGACAUUCCGUACCCGACAUUUGUGCUGUACGCUAACAGAGUCCACAACAUGCUGGGCCCGAGCGCGGACGGUGGUGCAGAUCUGAGACCCAAAGGUCGCGGGCGGCCGCAGCGCAUUCUGCUGGGCGUGUGGCCCGACGAGCACAUCCGCGGCGUCAUCCGCGCCGUCGUGUUCCGCGACUCGCACGCCGCGCACGCCGUGCACGCCUCGCACCACAUCAAGGAGGAGGUGCUCCCCGUCUACCCUGCGAUCACGGACGGCAUGACCUCGGUGCAGAACGCCUACCCGGUGGCGUGCGGCAACGGGCGCGAGGGCGGCGUGUCGCCCAACGCCGCGGCAGCCGCCGCCGUGGCCGCCGUGGCGCACGGGCUGCGCCGCCAGAUGUGCAACAUGGUCGUGGCCGCGCAGAGGCCGCCCGACCACCCGGUGCACCUCGGCCUGCCGCCGAUGCCCAUGCAGUCACCGCGGUUGCCAUCGCCGCGCCUGCCGUCGCCGCUCACGGCCGGCUCGGAGUCGCCGCUGUGCUCGCCGCCGCCGCCGGGCCACGCCCUCGAGCCGCCGAAGCCCACCGACCCGUUCCGACCCUUCGCCUCGCCGCGCCCUGACAGCCGCUACAGCGACCGCGACGUCGUCGCCGACAUGACCGACAUGGGACCGCCUAAAACUCCGAUUUCGAUGGUGAAGAACGGCAAGGAGAUGUCGCUGCCGGUGAAGAUGGAGCUGCCGCCGGCGGAGGCGCGCGCGGAGAACAUCUGAAGCGAGGCCGCGGGCGCGGCGCCGGCGCACGCCCCCGCCGGCGUGCCCCCGCCGCUGCCCGCCUACCCCUACUUCGUCCCCAACCGCAACUCCAUCGGCUACUUCUAAACGGAAGGCGACGUCGGGCCAGAGUCAGCCCGACCGCGGGACGAGCGCAGCACGACUGCUGCGACGUGACAUAAGUAUUUAAUCAUCAAUAUCGGCAUUACUUUAUUAUAUUUGACUAAUUAAUUAUUAUUAUUUGAAGUGGACUCGCUGUGCAAUACAUUGCUUGUUGUUUAGUUACGAAUUUCGUAUUAUUAUAAAGGAAUAUUUUUAGUUGAAUUACCUAUUAUUAUUAGUUUUUGUAUACAUCGUUCGUUUAUGUACGUUUCGAUUACGCAUUAAGUAUAAGUUCGCUAAGAGAGGCGGCGCGCGAGCGGCGACCUACCGCCGCCGCUCGCGCGCUCCCGCGUACGACUCGUAUUACGUAUAAGCUUAUAACGACUUAGAUCCAUCUGUGAACGUAGAGAUAUCAAAAUUUAAAACAUUUGGCCGGAUUCAAAAGACUGUUUGGUAUACCUAUUCAUUAUAAAUCUGCUACCUACAUACAUACAUAUGCAUAAAAAAAUUUCAUGAAUAUAAACUAGCUCUAGAUGUACUUUUAAAUUAAAGCAUAGAUGUAUGUUUCAUUUUAUCGUAAAGUCGAUGUCAAUUUCUCUAUAGCAGGAUAUCGGUGUUCGUUGUUGCUUGCGGCUUCCGAGCGCCAGGAGCGCGCGCGCCGCCUGCCCACUCCGAGUAGACUUAGAGAUCGCCAAAUGUAACAUAGAUGUAUCUUUAGCCAGUAGUGAAUGUUCCAAAUGUUAGGCUACAUUAGAGUUCGGGGCUCGACCGACCUCAGCAUUGACUUCAACUAAUAAUAUCAUAUCGAUGUCGCUCAGCUUCCUGUGUCUUUAGAGUUCCUCGUCUGUCAGGCUUCUACAUAGCAAUUAGAUAACGUACAGUCGAUUGCAACACUGGCUUGUUUACGACGACUAGGGUGAACACAUCUCUGCGACGGCAGCUAUGACUACAUCUCCAUUGAACAUUUAUUCAGAUUCAAAUCUAUAUCCAACUGAAAACUGUAGCCGCGCUUUAUGUCUAUUGCUAAUAAGUAUAAUAGAUUUUAAGAACUUAUCGUUAUCGAUGUUCUAGUGUUGUAACCGCAAAAAAAAAAUACAAAAACAUAAUUGUGUAUCGAUGUUAUUGAUGUUAAUUAAAGAUCAUUGGUUAAUGUAUGGAGGAACAUCGGCUUGCCCAUUUUAGUUUUAGGAGCACCAAAAUCGCUAAUCAUAUGACGUAUUACCAUCAUUCGUCUGCUAACCUAUUGUGUAGCUUUUAGAGUACCUAUAUCUAUUUCAAUUAACUUAGAUAUUAGCUGUGUAACUUAUUCGUAGCAUUCAGUAAUCACGCCGACGACACGACACCGAUCGCAGCCCGACGACUGACGACUGGCGACUGGCGACUGUCGCGUCUGAUGGCGCAAAGCACGAAAUCGUCAGAGGAUCUCAUAAUGUCGUCGGCGCGAAUACACAUUAACGUGUAUAAUGUAUAUGUACAAAUUUGUUUUAACACCUACCUAUUACAAAGUUAUUUUAUUACACACUUUCGGCGGGAAAAAUUGUAGUGUACUGAUCUUCUUGCCGCAAGGGUAUACCAUGAUUUAGAUAUUGUUGGAAGAAAAUCGUUGGCGUUAUCACAUAAAAUAUUGAAGGGGAGGGCGUGCCGCGGGCGAAUACCUACUGAACAGUUAUUUAUUCUGUUACCAUCGGUUGUUGACAGUUCCUCAAGUGCACCAGAAGUCGCACGUAUCCGCUUCGCUCCGCGUCGGCCCGCGUCGCGCCCCGCGAGUCUCGUCGCAUUACUAACUCGACAAGCAUGUUAAACAUAAGUCUUCAUGUGGCCUUGAUAUCUCGCUAUUGUUUGGAAUAUGGAUUAUCUGGUUUGGUUAAAGUUUGGAAAACUAGUGUAUAAAAGAGACCAAGUUAUUAAAAAGACAUUUGCGAUUCAGAUCUAGUGUUGAUGAAACUUUUGGCUAUCCUUUUGGAAAUAAAGUUAACUAUAGGAAAAAUUAAAAAAAAAUUAUAUAAACGGCCUAUACGUUUCGGAUGAAUUGCGUAAAUUUGGUAAAUGUUACUACGCAUAUUUUCUAUUGUGUAAGUUUAGGCUAAUGUGUUCAAAAACUAAAUGAAAAUUUUUGAAAAAGUAGAAAGUGCCUUCCAAAUUUUUGACCACGGUAAGUGUUGGAACGGGUGCGGCGAUGAUCGGCUGGAAGCGGCCCGUGUCGGCGCGGCGCGGCGCAGCCCCGCGUGCGGCCUCGUGCCGCGCGGUGCGAACGCGCGCGGCCAGCAGCGGCGCGCCUCGCCGACACUCGACCGCACUGUACGUGCUUAACUAUAAAAAGUUAGACUAAUAAAAAUUCAAAAUUAUUAUAUUAAAAAUUAAAUACAUAUGACUAUUAUAUAGUAAAAAAUAUACUAAAAAUUAUAUAUUCGGCCGUGUGGUAUUACCCUGAAAGGCAAGCGUUAGCUGACUAUUCGGCAUCAAAAUUUACUCUAUUAUAUUAAUUUACAAAAAUCGGAAAACAAUGCAUACAUGCAAUGUGCCAUUUGUUUGAACUGAUGACGUUCGUUUUUUGUGUCACACUUGGAUUUUGUAGUUAUAAUAUAAUUAAUUAAUUUAUUGUACUCGAUUGAAAGUAUACCUACAUUUCGAAUACAUAAAAUAUAAGUGUCUAUAAUAUUAUGUUGGCGUUAGAUAAGUAAAGAUUACUUGUAUGUAGUAAUAUUGUACCUACACCCGAUGAGGCGAUUGUUCUAGGUAGGUACUUUCAUGUUCUGAGCCUUCCAAUCUGACGGCACUCAUGUGCUUGUAUUGCAUGACAAUUAUUACAAGACCUGGGCCCUGAUUCUGUGCGAAUUUGGAAUCGUGACAUUGCAUUUUGUGACGCCACAUACUUACAUAUGGCACCACUUCACAAAGUAACUGUCAAGAUUUACUUGAUUAUGUGUGAGUUUUGAUGAUAUCAAGGAUCUGUGCCCAGGUACAAUAUUUCGUUGGUAGUUGUAUGACGUAGUGUCAUCGACAUAACGUCAUAAGUCAUUAUGUACCCAGAUACCCACAUUAUGUUUGUAGGUACGAUAUCAAUGUCAUAUAAAAUUAGGCCCAGACCUUAUUCUCUAUGGCAUUAAACUAAUAAAAUCAUGAUGUAGUAUUCUAGCAUAUAUGCGAUAAAAUGCAUUUUGUGACGUCAACUUUGACGUCGUUGAUUGUGCUUAUCAGUGUGUUACUAUGUCAAUGCGAAUAAGGGCCGAGUAUAUAUAUUCUUUUGUGAUAAAAUGCGUAUAUUUAUAUUUCUAAUUAUCGUGAUGAACAUUUUUGCAAUAUUUAUAUUGCUAUGUUUAUAAUUUUAUUUAUUACAUAUUAAUUUAAAUCCUUCCGCCGUUUUGGGCACAAAGUAUUUUAUUUUCUUUACCUGCAGAGUAACCAAAAACUUUUUUUAUCAAUUGAAGUAUUGUAUUAGUUUACACGUGACUGUUAGUUUUAAGUAGUUGUCCCGAGCCCCUUUCUCUAUGACAUUAUUAGCAAUAGUGCCGUGCAUUGAUCUUGACAGUUGUUGUAUGUGACGUCAAAAUUGACGUCAAUAAAUGUAUUUCGCGCGUAGUAAUGAGUUUAAUGUCAUAGAGAAUUAGGGCGGGUAAAUUAUCGAAUAGAACAUAAUUAUUAAAAAUAAUGAUUUGCUUCUGGAUCCUGGAUUUUGGAAGCAUUAAACUAUUUUCAAUUCCAAAAUUUAUUUUUAUCAUUCCUGUGCGCAAAUUGAUUAGGUAUAUAGGUAUCUAUAUUAUUUAAAUAUGGACAGUAAAGUUGACACACCUACAUAUUAUUUUAAAAUAAGAGAUUAUUUUUAAACACCUCCUAGAUAAUACGCAAUUUAUGCAUUUUAUGACGUCACAGAUUAGUGUCGUAGAGUUCCAAUAUUCAAGUGUUCUGGUAUUCAUCUGCACAUUUCAGUCCAGAUACGUUGGCUCUUCCAUAGAUCAAUUUUUUUUAAACAAUGUUUAAUUAAUUCUAUGCAAACUAACAAAGGUACGGAGGUAUCUAAGCCAUCUAAGGAUUCCCUUAACUAUGUGUCACUUUACUUACACAAAUAAUUUGAUCUCUUUUCUGUGUAUCUGUGUGUAACUAAUAAUAUAUAAUUAAUACUAUGACAAAAUAUUAAUAACGCCAGUAAAAUUAUUUUUAAGUUUAAGGUUAAUUUUAAUUGUUUCCUACUACUUCUAUAGUACCUACCAGUGAAAAUAAUUAAUUUUUAUAAAGAUUUAAGUUCUCGAUAUUCACAGGAAUGAUGGAAAUAAUGUCUACCUAAUAUGUAAAAUUAAAAUGUUUUAAUUUUAACAUUUACGUUAAAUAUGCUGUCACAGUGACAUUAUAUCGUUAUAACGGUUAUGUUAAUGCAAUUUAUUGUUGUUAGGAUUAUUUCCUUUUCAAAUACCUGUCUAUCUGGAGUAAGUCUAUGUGUAACAGAAAUGCUUCUUAUUGUCAUCAACGUUGUAUGUCCAAAGUGUGUGUCAGCUCGCUUGUUCACUGGAUGAAUUUGUAGCUGUAAUAUUGUACUUAUACUGCUAUUUUAUUAUCUUUCCUAUCUGUAAAAUAAUAUGGUUUAUACUAGCGGACGACCGCAACUUCUUUCGCGCAAAAUCAGUUUUUUUAGUCCUUCGAUAAUUCCGAGAAAAAAGUUGAAUGUUCUGCUCCAUGGUACACUUUAUCUCUCCAAAUAUUUAUUCUUAUCUUGGGGCGAUUAAGUUUUUCAUAUUUUUUAAAUUGAUGGCCUCCGUGGCGCUGGUAUGCCCGGUGGAUUUACAAAACAGAAGUCCUGGGUUCGACCCCCAGCUGGGCCAACUGAGAGUUUCUUAAUUGUAAUCGACGUGACUAAAAUUUAUAUAUAAUUUGGUGUCGCAUUAAUUGCUGAUUGCAAAGGAAGAGAUACUUGUACGAAUAUGUAUUAACCGUCGCAGCAUAUCGUCAACAAUUAUAAAAAUAAGUCGAUGCCUAAAUUACUUUGGUUGCUGGUACAAAUAUUUUACGCAGUCCUUACCUCCCUAAUUUAUGUAAGGUCUAAGGGUCUUUCCGCAUUGCAUCCGAUAAAAGUCCGAGAUUAUUCAGAUUGUGAAAAAGAUGACGAUUUUAGACUGCAUCCAAAUUGACAAGGAUCGGAGCAACUCUGAAUUGAAGUCAUUUUUGGACUUGGUAAAUGAAAAUUUAAUCUAUUGAGCAACGCUACAUAAGAUUCUGAUUCGGAUGUAGACUUUUUGGAUUCAGUGUGGAAAAUAUUGGACCGAUCGAUACUCUUUAAUGGUCCAAAUUUAGCAGUAAAGUAAAAGUUAGCAAGGACCUUAAUUGUCUUCGAUUUUUGAAUGACAGAUUGGAAAAAGUUUCGAAAUUCGUCAGCUAGUGAGUACUCUGUCUACAAAUUCAUUUACUAAAAGUAUUUACCUAUUAAAACCUCCUUAUUAAUUUGACAGCCUCCGUGGCGCAGUGGUAUGCGCGGUGGAUUUACAAAACGGAGGUCCUGGGUUCGAUCCCCGGCUGGGCAAAUUGAGUUUUUCUUAAUUGGUCCAGGGCUGGCUGGUGGGAGGCUUCGGCCGUGGCUAGUUACCACCCUACCGGCAAAGACGUACCGCCAAGCGAUUUAGCGUUCCGGUACGAUGCCGUGUAGAAACCGAAAGGGGUGUGGAUUUUCAUCCUCCUCCAAACAAGUUAGCCCGCUUCCAUCUUAGACUGCAUCAUCACUUACCAUCAGGUGAGAUUGUAGUCAAGGGCUAACUUGUAAAGAAAAAAAAAAAAAAACUCUCCUACUUCUAUUUCUGAAUAAUAAGAUUUAAAAUAUGCUUACGUUUCUAACCUUUUAGCUAAAUAAUAGUAAUUAUGUAUGGUUUUUAUGAAAUGAAUAAUAAUUCAAAAUAUAAUUUUAACAUUAGACAGACAUUAGACAUUAGACUUGUCUGCACUUUUAUAGAUCAACAAUUUUACAUAUUGCUCAAUCUUAAGUAUCUUCCAUCCGUAUCCUACUCGUAGAUUACAUUUUUGAGUAAGAUUUAUUGAAAAACAAAAUUGAGGCCAGUAAAAAUUUUCUACCAGUGAACACGGAGCUUAAGUUAGAAUCGUCACUGACUUGCUUCAGACCGCACAAGCUCAGCACAACCUAACUCAGUUAUAAUCAGCAUGGCUAUUUACGUGCUGUAUUGAUGCUAAGAUUUUAACAUCUUAAUACGAGUGGAUUUAGUUAUGCCAAAAUGUUCUAGCCUAUAUUUUUUUUAAUUCGAUUAAAAAUUCGUGUCUGUUAGGUACCUAUUAUAUUAAUUACUAGCGGACCCGGUCAAGCUUCGCUUUGACUUACGUGCACUUCUUCCCUACCCCUACCCUUUCCCUACCCUACCUCUACCCUAUCCCUACCCCUUGACUCUUAAACGUUUGUAUGGGAAAUAGAAAAGAAUUAUUUUAUGGUUUCCCCGGUAAUUAUUCUAAUUUUUCUCACCUUUAAACCUUCCAUAUACCUCCACGUACAUUUCAAGACCAAGAUAAGAUAAAUGCGUUCAGCUGUUCUCGAGUAUUAACGAGACUAACGAACAGCAAUUCAUUUAUAUAUAUAGAAUAUUAAUUGACAAUUUGGCAUAACUGAGCCCAACUUAAGGUUAGUAAUUGUGACGUGACGUUCCUAGGUACAGUGCUUAUCUAUGUACGAGUAUGAGUGACGCGACUAGUGCUAUGUAAGUCAGUGGCGAUGUUGUAACUGUCAUCGUCAUCCUAUAUAAAGUACAAUUUUAAAAUUGGUGUAUUUCUUCAAUGUUCAAUGUUUAACACAUGUAGUUGACAGUAUCCAAGUUACUCCGAAACCGUUUAGUGACAGUUUAUCAGAUAAAUUAUUAAGUAAGUAGAAUGUGUAUCUUACAUUUUAAGUUCGUUAUUGUCACAGUGUACCGUUGUCUGAAUGAAUAUAUAAAAAUAGAGCAAA